AGUCAGUCAGAUAUGGCGGACCGUUUUCUCACUUGUAAAUGAAUACCUAUAACUUUUCUGAACUCUUUUUUUAUAUUAUUUGUGUAUAAAUUAUAGUUAUUAUGUACUUGUAAUAUGUGUGUUUCCUGAAUUACGUUGCUGCGAUGGUAUUCUUCUUAGAACUAAGGUGUUAGGACACGUCAAGUACCCUAGCAACAGUCAACAGUCGACAAACUCGCCCAUUUUCUUUGUGAUCUACUUUGCUCCAGUCGUUAACUUUUUUAUAUUAACUGGUUCUAAAAGACGCAGUAUUAUUAUUUGGAAAUAAAAAUGUUUAUCAAAUACACUAAUGAUGCUCAUAGAAUUAAUUGCAAUGAUACAUUAAAAAGAUUUUAGGAAGUGUAACCUCAAAACGCGGAAGUCUGAUAUAAACCGCUCUGCAUUUGUAGAACCUUCAUUAAAAAUAUCGUGAAAUUUGUAUGAGUGUAAUAGUGUUUCAAAUGAAAUUCAUGUGGUUAUAAAAAUAAUGAGACAAUGGUCGAAAUAGGUGUUCCUCAUGAGUCGGCUGAAGAUAGCCUGGAGAACGCUGACUGGUAUUGGGGUGAUAUAACUCGAGAUGAAGCUGCGGAAAAACUUCUCGAUACAUGUGAUGGUACUUUUUUAGUUCGUAAUGCAUCAAAUAAAGAUGGGGGCUACACAUUGACAGUUAGAAAGGGUGGCACAAAUAAAUUAAUUAAAAUAUAUAACCAAGAUGGCAGAUAUGGAUUUUGCGAACCCUUUGAGUUUAAUUCUGUUGUGGAUCUAGUUAAGUUUUACACUGAGUACUCUUUGGGUCACUGUAAUAAUAGUUUAGAUAUCAAACUUACGCACCCACUGUCAAGGUCACCUGAAUAUGAUAGUGGUGAAAAUGUUAGUGAUGAGACUCUAGAAGCUGAGUAUAAAAGGGUACAUGAGGAAUAUAUGGCUAAAACUAGGGAUUUUGGUGAACGUUCAUGCAAGUACAUGAGGUUAAGAGAAGAAGUGAAAUGUAAAAGGCAAGCGCUUGAUUCUUUUAAAGAAAGCCUCAGGCUAUGUGAAGAACAUGGUAAGCUAAAAGAGAUAAUGCUAGCAGAUGCCCAACCACAUGAAAAAAAUGAUAUAAUAGAAAAUGACAAACUCUUGCAACAACGAGUGGCUGAAUUGGCAAAAGCAAAGACUAAACUAAAUGAUAUAUUGAGAGAUGCAGUUUCGGUUAAUUUAGAUCUUGAACGACAGAUUUAUAAGCUUAAAUCAAAAAUACUAAUUCUUUAUACAAUGAAAGAACGUUUUAAAAUGUCAUUACUAAAGCGUGGCAAGACCCUUGAAUAUUUACAAGCACUUGAAAAUGACAGUACAGAUGAAUUGGAAGAAUUAUAUGCUCACCGUGAAUCAAUUACAUGGAAAGUAGAUAAUUGCUCCCGAGAAAAAGCUGAGAGACUUCUUCAAGGGAAGCCUCAAGGCACAUUCUUAAUUCGUCCAAAUUCCACAGGACACCUAGCACUGUCCAUAUGUUGUAAUAAUAUGGUCUACCAUUGCAUUAUAUUUAGGACUGAAAGAGGUUAUGGGUUUGCAGAACCAUAUAAUGUUUAUAAAACAUUAAACGAGCUUGUACUACAUUAUGCUGUAAAUUCAUUAGAAGAACACAAUGAGCAGUUGAAAACAACUUUGAAAUACCCUGUGUAUGCAGAUUUGGUAAAAAAGCCAGAAAAAAAGAAGCCCCAAGGCACAACAGUAAGAGCACAAGGUACAAAUAUGGAUACUUGACAUUAUGUGAACAGAGAUAGUGUUGCUCCUGAUUACACUCCGUACUUCUCUUCUGUUCUAUUCUGUGAAUAGAAUGAUUGGCGGAAGUCGAUUUUAAUCGCGUCUUUGGAUUGUGAAAUAUGAAAUUAAUUUGUCUGCAUAUUUACUAAAUAACCAAAGGUGUAAUUAUAAAUUAAAGUAGAGAUCCGUUUUUAUUAUACAU